UGAAGCAGAUUUUACUAACAGAUAGUUCAGAAAGGUUUCCUGUUCUGGUUUGGAAGAAACUGUUCUUUUGAGGAGUCUUGGUUUGUAAACCGAAUACAUCUCCUCAGUAUCUUGAUCCAUCAGUCUAGGUCUGCAGCAAUGCAUCAGUUCACUUCAAUAAUGUUUUCACUGCUAGUCAUUACUGGGCUGCAGGUGAGCGUUCAAACGGGAGAAAAACGUUCGGAAGGAAACCUUGACAGACCGUAUAAAUCAGAGCUAACUGUGACAAAUGGAGGAGGCUGGGGAUUUUGGGGCGAGGUGGACAUGUGUCCAGAUGGAACGUAUGCCGCAGGGUUCAGCCUAAAGGUGGAAGCUCCUGUUGGUCAAGCGGAUGACACUGCACUCAACGGGAUUCGUCUUUACUGCGUUGGAUCUGGAAACUUAACAGACUCGUAUCCCAGCUACUGCAAAGUUCAGUCUGAUGUAGCCAGCUGGGGUCAGUGGACUGAUAUCACAUGGUGUCCUUCUGCGUUGUUGACCGCUUUUCAGCUAAGCGUUGAACCACCUCAAGGAAAUGCUGAUGAUACGGCUGCAAACAACAUCAUGUUCCGCUGCAGUAAUGGUGUUUCCCAGCUUGGUAAUGGAACAGACUUGGGUGAUUGGGGCGACUGGAGUGACACAUGUGAAGGAACCGGGAUUUGUGGUCUGAGGACACUGGUAGAACUGCCUCAAGGAAAUGGAGAUGACACCGCUCUCAAUGAUGUGAUCAUGUACUGCUGUGACUAAGGUGUCCGAGGAUGACGACAACCACAAGAUCAGAUGGAUCUCUACUGUUGAGCUAACAUUAACAAUGUCCUGCACCUAGUCCAGAUAUAAAGCCUGAAAUGUGCUCUGAACCUCAUCACUGAGCAGAGGCUGAUGGUACAACUCACUUGUGUCUUAAUUAAUGCACUUCACAAUCCAUGAACUCCAUAUUCUACAUAAACCGUAGGGCUUCAUUAUAUCCUAACAUUAAAAUAUUCAACUCUGA